CUUUAAUUUUGUCUACAUCCUCCGGUCAAUAUCAAUUAGUAGUUGUAAGGUGAGUCAAUAAGGUAUAUGGCGGUCCGAAAAGUCUAUGGCAGCCUCAACUCACCGGCCACAUUGAAGGUUCUGGCAUGCCUCUUUGAGCAUGAUCUUGAUUUUGAGUUUGUUCCGGUCAAUCUUGAUGCUGGAGAGCAGAAGAAGAAAGCCUUUCUUUCCAUGAAUCCAUUUGGUGAAGUUCCAGUGUACGAAGACAGUGACCUCAAGCAAUUCGAAUCAAGAGCAAUAAUAAGAUGCAUGGCCCAUGAAAAUGGCAAGAAAGGAGAAGAGCUAAUUUACUGGAAUGCGAGGGAGCAAGCCAUAGUAGCCAAUUGGGUUGAUGUUGAGGACCACCGGUUUGAGCCACCAGCAAUGAAACUCAUAUUUGAGUUGGUCAUUAAGCCAAACAGUGGCUUGGCUCCUGACCAAGGUGAAGUGGCCGAAGCUGAAGCCAAAUUAGGCAAUAUUCUUGAUGUGUAUGAGACACAGCUAGCAAAAUUUAAGUAUUUGGCAUCUGACAAGUACACCAUCGUUGAUGUACUUCACCUCCCAAAUUUGCAAAGUCUUAUGGGAACGCCAGCCGAGAAACUCAUUGAAUCGCGACCUCGUGUGAGAGCAUGGUGCGCUGAGAUCCUAGCUCGACCUGCAUGGGCCAAGGUGCUUGAGAUGAAGCAUAAGGCUCAAGCUUAGGCUUCUAGCUAGCUAUAGCUAUGCCUUUGUCUAUGUAAGUGCAUGGAUAUUACUCGCUUCAGUCUAUGUCUUUGAAUAAUCGAUGGAACUUGGAAGUGCUUGUAAUUCUCCAUUAUGAAUGAGAUAUUAAUUUCGUUCUA